AUGUCUGUUGAGAACGCAUCAGUGUUUACGGACCAGCUCCCGUUGGAUGCCGACAAUUUGAGCCAGUCGCUGACGUCGUCGCUCAUUGUGCAGGCCAUUGUGUGGUCGAGAAGCAAUGUGUGGUCGUUGGUUCUGACUGUGGUUGUGGGACUCCUGAUAUAUGACCAGAUCUCGUAUAUCAUCAAAAAGGGCAGUAUUGCCGGCCCCAAAUUCAAGGUGUGGCCAGUAAUUGGCCCAUUUUUAGAGUCGAUGAACCCCAAGUUCGAGGAGUAUAAGGCCAAAUGGGACUCGGGCCCAUUGUCAUGUGUUUCAGUGUUCCACAAGUUUGUUGUUAUUGCCAGUAAUAGAGACCUGGCCCGCAAAAUCUUCAACUCUCCUUCAUAUGUCAAGCCCUGUGUUGUAGAUGUGGCUAUCAAGCUCCUUCGACCCACUAACUGGGUGUUCCUGGAUGGUAAGGCUCAUGUCGACUACCGUCGUUCUUUGAAUGGUUUGUUCACUAGACAGGCUCUGGGUGUCUAUCUUCCUCACCAAGAGACUAUUUACGACAAGUACUUUGAGAGAUUUGUCGCUCUCAGCAAGUCCAACAAGGGUCCUUUGCCAUUUAUGCCCGAGUUCAGAGAACUCAACUGUGCCGUUUCGCUACGAACUUUCUGUGGUGAGUACAUCACUGAAGAGCAAGUCAAGAUCAUUUCGGAUAACUACUACAAGAUUACGGCUGCUUUGGAAUUGGUCAACUUCCCUAUUAUUCUGCCUUUCACCAAGACAUGGUACGGUAAGAAGAUCACUGACAUGACUAUGGACAUUUUUGCUAAGUGUGCCCAAAUGGCCAAGGACCACAUUGCUCAAGGAGGAGACGUGACCUGUGUUAUGGAUGCUUGGGUUAAGUUGAUGCACGACUCGAAGAACUCGACUAGCGAUGAUAACGACGAGGUCAAGAAGUUCUUGGUGCGUGAUUUCACUAAUAAGGAGAUUUCUGAGACUAUUUUCACGUUUUUGUUUGCUUCGCAAGACGCAUCUUCGUCGGCUACUACUUGGUUGUUCCAAAUUAUUGCCGACCGUCCUGAUGUUAUGGCCAAGAUCCGUGAAGAGCAACUUCGUGUGAGAGACGGCGAUGUUCACCGUCGUUUGGACGUGGAUCUCGUCGAGUCUAUGGAGUAUACACGUAUGGUUGUGAAGGAGGCUCUUAGAUACAGACCUCCUGUCACCAUGGUACCCUAUGUUGCCAAGAAAUCGUACCCUAUUUCUGCUGAUUACACCAUUCCCAAGGGAGCCAUGGUUAUUCCUACCCUGUACCCCGCUUUGCACGAUCCCGAGGUGUAUGAGAACCCUGACGAGUUUAUUCCUGAGCGAUGGGUCGCCAACUCUCCCGCUACCAAUGCCGCUAAGAACUGGCUUGUGUUCGGUACUGGACCCCAUGUGUGUCUUGGUCAGACCUAUGUCAUGCUCAACCUGACUGCUAUGAUGGGCAAGGCCGCUCUCUUCUACGACUGGAAACACACCGUCACCGAAAAGUCGGAAAACAUCCGUGUCUUCGCCACCAUCUUCCCCGACGACGACUGUAUCCUUGAGUUCUCCAAGAGAGCCGACCCCACCAAGCUCUAA